GGGCGCAGGCGCGCGAUGGGGGCGCGGGCAGCGAUGGCGGCGCGGAGCGGGAGCGGGGCCGGGGCUGGGAGCGGGGCCGGGGCGCUGUGCCUGGCGCUCCUCUGGCUGUCGGUCGCGCCGCUGCCUCGCGGCGCCUGCGGCUCGGAGCUCCUCGGGCCGGCGGAGGUGCCAGGCGGCGCGGGCCCCGGGGAGCGGUUUAAGAUCGAGGGCCGGGCCGUGGUGCCUGGAGUGAAGCCCCAGGACUGGAUCGCGGGGGCCCGGGUGCUGGUGGACGGGGAGGAGCACGUCGGCUUCCUGAAGACAGAUGGAAGUUUUGUGGUUCAUGAUGUACCUUCAGGAUCUUAUGUAGUGGAAGUUAUAUCCCCUGCUCAUAAAUUUGAGCCUGUGCGAGUUGACAUAACUUCAAAAGGCAAAAUGAGAGCAAGAUACGUGAAUUACAUCAAACCCUCUGAAGUUGUCAGGCUGCCAUACCCACUGCAGAUGAAAUCUUCUGGACCACCUUCAUACUUUAUAAAGAGAGAAUCUUGGGGAUGGACAGAUUUCCUCAUGAACCCUAUGGUGAUGAUGAUGGUUCUUCCGUUACUGAUAUUUGUGCUUUUACCUAAAGUUGUCAACACCAGUGAUCCUGAUAUGAGGCGGGAAAUGGAGCAAUCAAUGAACAUGCUGAAUUCCAACCAUGAGCUGCCAGAUGUGUCUGAAUUCAUGACAAGACUUUUCUCUUCAAAAUCUUCCAGCAAGUCUGGUGGUAGCAGCAGUAAAGCAGGGAAAAGUAGUUCUGGAAAAAGGAGGUAGUUGAGUCUUCAGUUUGCACAACUGUUUGUUAUGUGCUGUCGUGUUUAUUUGUCCUGAAAGAUCAAAAAGCCACUACUGUAAACUUUAACCAGGCAGAAAAUCAGUAUGCUACAAUUGUAGUUUGUAGCUUUUUUUUAGACUGUUAUAAGCUGUUUUGUACUUGACAGUAAGCAAAAGAGGACAUGGCUUCAAUACUGUAUCUGUAUAAAGUUACUGGUUAUACUGAAUUAACUAUAUUGUUCUGUAGAGAAUUAAAAUAAAUUAUAUGAUGUGCUUCACAGUAA